AUGUCUUCUUUGGUCUCCGAGUUCAUCAUCAACCCGGUCCUCCGGCAAGCACGCCGCUUUUCUGAGAUUUCGAGAACCACUCUCGUCCCCGAACCCGACGCUUCUUCCUCCGACAACCUCGCGGUUGCCAGCGACUCGGAAGCCCCCGCCCCUCGGCAUGCGACCGAUGCGCCUGCGGUGACUCCUCCGGACCGACCUCUCAGCGCAGAUACUCUAUCGCCGACCGUCGAAGCCGAGCAGCCCCCGUCCGAACCAGCACGUGCGCCCCCGGAAUCCUUCCCCAUCACCGUCCCGAUGCAGGUCCCCAAGCGUGAGGCCUUGCCGGCUGACGAUGGCAUGGGCGCAUUGCGAAAGCGCCUUAUCGAAAUCCAAGGCCAGGAGAUACGGGGGGAGGAAAAGGCCAGGCUCAUGCACGAGGUGCUGAUGGAGGGCUACCGCAAGUCCCGUGUUGCUCCCCAACAAGGCGACCCGCCUGUGGAUGCUCUGCCGGCCGGCGAAGCGUGGGAACAAACACUCCCAUCGGGACCCCUGGAGUCCCUGAAGUUCUGGCAGCAUCCUCCAGGGGAGCCAUCCUCCCCGGAAAAGUUUGUGUUGACGGCAGAAGAUGUCAGGCCAACCUACGCCCCGGCAAAGCCUACGAUUCCUGGAGAGGUCGAGGGCGCAAGGGUUCUGGGCUGCCAGCACUACAAGCGCAACAUUAAGCUGCAAUGCUCGACUUGCAACAAGUGGUCUGAAGAAGACAGCGAUUCCAUGUCUACCGACUUGGAGGAAGAGGACGAUGAGUAUGAUGAGGAAGACGACGACGACGAUGACGAUGACAAUGACUUCAUGCUCAUUGGUCACCGUUGA